UUAACCACCACCAUCAGCACCACUGAGAUGCUGUCAUCUGCAAGCUUCAAUGCCAGUGGACCAGUCUGACUGACUGCCUGUAUCUGAGCUGGAGGGAGAUUGGGAGAUCACAGCUGCACAUUAGAUAGACCUGUCAAGAUCAAGGCAUCAGCUGGACGUGUGUGUGUGUGUGGUGUCUGUAUCUGUAUCUGUAUCUUUGUGCUCCAGAGUUCCACAUCCAACACACACGCAACUGCCAUGAAAAUGGACCUCAAUACGAUCAUAGACAGACUUGAAACCAGCGAUCAAGACACUGUGCUAAAGGCCCUCCAGGCUUACAAUAAAGAGAAUUCCCAAUGUUUCGUGUUUGACGUGGAGAAGCGUGGACAGAGAAAGCAACAAGAGGAGAAACUGGGGGAGCUGGUGAUGAGGUUCCUGGAGCGAGACCUGCAGCCGUCGUGCCAGUUAGCCUGUCUGGAGACCGUGCGUAUCCUGUCCAGGGACAAGAGCAACCUGGGUCCCUUCACCAGCAAGGGGGCUAUGCUGUCGCUGGCCAGGCAUGGCGGGAUACAAUACCGCGAGGAACGUGUCCACGAGAUGCCGGACCUGGACGUCAUCGUGGAGGCUCUGAAGUGUCUCUGCAACAUCGUCUUCAACAGCUGCGUGGCGCAGGAGGUCUGCGCAGAAACCCGGCUGGUGCUGGGACUGGCCGACAGGCUGAAACUGUACAAUGAGAAGAACCUGACGCAUGACAUCAAGUUCUUCGACCUGCGCCUGCUCUUCCUCUUCACGGCUCUCCGGGUGGACAUCCGCAAGCAGCUGGCCCACGAGCUGCGGGGGGUGAGCCUGCUGGCAGACGCCCUGGAGAGCACGCUGGGGGUCAGGUGGCUGGACACGUACGAGGUGGCAACCGAUGGCGGUGGCCCACCCCUUCCCCGCCAGGAAACCGAGCGGGCCAUGGAGAUCCUGAAGAUCCUGUUCAACAUCACCUUCGACUCAAACAAGAGGGAGGUCGACGAGGAAGAUGCUGCUCUAUACCGUCACCUUGGUGCUAUCCUGCGUCACUGUUUACUGAUCAAAGCGGACGGCGAGGACAGAACAGAGGAGUUUCACAGCCACACAGUGAACCUGAUGGGGAACCUGCCACUGAUGUGUCUGGAUGUGCUGCUGACUCCCAAAGUCCAGCAAGGCUCGGUCGAGUACAUGGGGAUGAACAUGGAUGCUGUGAACAUCCUCCUGGAUUUCAUGGAGGAGAGGCUGGACAGGGGGCACAAACUGAAGGAGACACUGACACCAGCACUGAACUUGCUGACAGAGAGCGCCCGAGUGCACCGUGAGACCAGGAAGUUCCUCCGGUUCAAGGUGCUGCCCCCUCUGCGGGACGUGAAAACUCGGCCUGAGGUGGGGAACUUACUGCGGAACAAGCUGGUUCGCCUGAUGACGCACAUAGACACGGACAUCAAGCACUGCGCUGCUGAGUACCUAUUUGUCCUGUGCAAGGAGAGUGUCGCUAGGUUUGUAAAGUACACGGGUUACGGGAACGCAGCAGGUCUGCUUGCUGCCAGAGGCCUAAUGGGAGGGGGUCGAGGAGAAGGCACAUAUUCAGAAGAUGAAGACACAGACACAGAGGAAUAUAAAGAAGCCAAAGCAAAUAUUAAUCCCGUGACGGGGCGUGUUGAAGAGAGAGUGGUGAACCCAAUGGAGGGAAUGACGGACGAACAGAAGGAGUUUGAAGCCAUGAAGCUAUUCAACAUGUUCGAUAAGCUUUCCAGAGAGCAGAUAAUUCAGCCGAUGGGAGUUGGUCCGGAUGGACAAAUGGCUCCUUUGGACGAAGCGAUGCACAAAAUGGUCGAAACGAGAACGUCGUCAGACUUGGACUCCGACUCUGACUGAGGUGGUCAAGAAGGCGUCUGCUCCUACUUGGUGGGGGAGGGCGUGUGCGUGAGUGGGGGAGGGAACGGGAUCUUCUGAUCCGUGUGGAACUGCCGAUGGACAACUUGUGGGAUUUGUUACAUAAUUAAUCUACCUGCUGUUAGACAGGUUUGAUCUCUGUGUAUGUUCUGGCUUGCUGGCUUCUAGUCUGUACAGUAUGUAGACCAUUCCAUUAAACAAACUGGUCAGAGAAAAAAAAA